UUCCUGACGCCGACUAGAUUUUCUAUAUCGUUCUGCAGUAUAACGGAGAAACAAUUCUGAGAUUCUUACUAAAAUGAGUUUGUCUUGAUUACCAAUUUUAGUUUUAACUUUUUACAGUAUUUUAAUUCUUUUAAUCGUCCACCCCCAGCAUCAUUGGUGGAGCUCAGAAAAGUUAUGACUGCAUUAUCCUCCAUGUUUACCGGGAGUGUCCAUGCUCACGACACGUGGACGUAGAGUCCGGUGCUUUCUAGCAAACGCUACUUUUACACCCCUCUCCCCUUCUGCGCCGCCAACGUCUGGUGAAGACCCAACGACUCCGCCUUCUCAAAUACCCUCUAAAAACUAAAAACCAAACCAUGUCCCUCACUUUCUCUCCGCCUCCUCUCUCGCGGUCCUCCUCUUCUCUCCCCCAUGCGCUUCAUACCCCUCCCCUCCUUCCCAUGUCUAUCUUGCGCCGCCUGACUCCCCGCCACCUAUCCCUACACAUCAACCGCAACAACAGACGGCGUGUUGCUUCAGUCGCCGCUGCUGUUCGACAGGAUACCACUGUUUGGUCCCAAGCCCCCCUCUCCCAGAUUGAACCUGCUGCUGAGUCCCUCUUCCACGUUACUAUCGACGUCUCCGACUUUCCCGACCUCGCCACGUCCCACACUCAACCUGGCCAGUACCUCCAGCUUCGCAUCCCCGACGUUGAGAAGCCAUCGUUCCUUGCUAUCGCGUCACCGCCAUCUUAUGCCGCGGCGAAAGGCGCCUUUGAAUUCUUAGUUAAGAGCGUGGCCGGCUCAACUGCUGAGCUGUUGUGUGGUCUUAAGAAAGGAGAUGUAGUGGAAUUGAGCCAAGUCAUGGGGAAAGGUUUUCAAUUGGAUCGCAUCUCGCCACCGGAAAAGUAUCCUACGGUUCUGAUUUUCGCGACUGGAUCUGGAAUCAGUCCAAUUCGAUCUCUCAUCGAGUCUGGGUUUAGUGCUGACGAAAGAUCUGAUGUAAGACUGUAUUAUGGGGCUAGAAACCUCAGGAGAAUGGCUUACCAGGAUAGGUUUAAGGAUUGGGAGUCUUCUGGUGUUAAGAUUGUACCGGUACUAUCACAGCCAGAUGAUAGUUGGACUGGUGAAACUGGCUAUGUACAGGCUGCUUUUUACAGGGCCAAGAAAAUUGACAGCCCCUUGGCCACCGGUGUUGUACUUUGCGGGCAGAAACAGAUGGCUGAGAUUCUUCCCAACUCGAGUUUGAUUGUAGGUUCUGAUAUGCAACUUCCUUUUCCAAGUUUGUAUCAAUCAUAAUAUCCUUAGAGGGAGAGGGAGAGAGAGAGCAAAUUCAAUUUCAAAGGAGAAUGCAAUCAUCAAUGUUCAAGUUCAAGGACACAGGCCUAGAAAAAAGGACUGCACUCUCUCUCUCUCUCUCUCUCUGUGUGUGUGUGUGUGUGAAUAUGAUGAGGAUACUGAAAGGACAAAGGCUAGAUACAAGCAAUGUCUUGGUUAUGCAUGAUAAUUAAUGCGUUGAUGACCUGAUGUUGCUGAAUAAUAGGUGAUAUUUCUUGAUUGGAGAGGUCCAUAUUUGUGCUGUAAGGAGCUUGGUGAAAGAUGUCUAUUUAAUAAUUAAACAAGUAUACAAAAAUUUGAUGGCACUGGUGUACAAGUAGUAGCAUAUGGUGCCAACUUUUGAGGGUG